UGGCCGUGCCGCGUUGCCACAAACGCCAUGUCCAUGGCAGCACGGGCCCCACGGGCCACGACUUCAGGGACUUCAGGCAGACGGCAAGGCCAAAGUAGUCCCAAGGCGAAACCCAAAGCCAAAAGCACGUUAGCUCCUGGCAGAAACACGUUAGCCCCUGGCAGACCCAAGGCCCGAGCACAACCCCUUAACCGAGAAAUUGGCACCCAGACUGAGCUUCGCUUGCCGUCAAAAACGUUGCGGUCUUUGAUGAAAUCAGGAAAAUCAGAGAGAUCAGAGAGAUCCGACCUGCUGGAAAUGGAGGAUGGAAGUCCCAUGCCCUUUCAUCUGAAAGUGACGAAGGCGGAUUCAGGCGCCACCUCCGGCACCUCGGACGACCCGCGCACGCCGGUGCGGCGGAACUCCUGGGAGUUGAGCUCCUUGGAUCCCAGCACUUGGCCGGUCUUCGGCAUCACCAACGAAGGCAUUGGGAUCACCACCGAUGAUGGUCAGACUUUGGAUGUGGAGAAGUCUGCAGACUUUGGCUUUGAUCGAACCCUUGACGGACAUCAAUUGGCAUCCAUUUGGGAAGGCAUUGAAUCAGGCAUGCUUGGUGACCCAUCUUUCACAUCGACAGGGUUGGCAGACGCGUUGACGCGCGCUGAGGAGCAGAACGAGUCCUUCAGACAUCUCUGCUGGGAUCUCAUCAGCUUGGCCCGGGACUUGGAGGAUGCUACUGGCUUUCAGGAGCCUCCCAACCAUCAGCAAUUGCUGGAAGAAGCGCGGCGUUGUUUGGAGUUGGUGCGUGAAAGACUGGAACUUCGAAAGCAGCUGCAGCUGAGUGCAGAGGCAGUUCCCGAGAUGGAGGUGCCUGCGCCUGAGAGCACCCUUCUGCCCAGCAGAGGAGGCUCCCUGAAGCUGGUGAAUCCUGAACCAGGGAUACCAGGGCCAGGCUCCUGCAGAUUGGCCUUUGGGUCUUUCUCACCUGUGACGGAAACAAGGAGCUUAGUGGCAAGCUGCUCGGCCCCCGCCCUGCCGGCCCUGCCGGCCCUGCCAUGGUCCGCCUGCUGUCCGGUGGCUCGGAUGCCAGCGCCUGCACCGCUGCCGCAGUUUCAGACGCACUCGCCACAGAUGGUGAGCCGAGUUGGCGACAGCUGCGUGGCACAGGUGCCUCGCUUCUCCUCAGAUGGUCCAAUUGGCAACUCCGCACAGUAUCCGGUUGAACCUGUGACACGAGGCGUAUCGCCGUUGCGCGAGGGCCCUCUCUCUGCGCAAGCCCCUUCGGGCAUUGCCACAGUGAGCUUCACGGGGUAUCCACGGCCCAUGGCAACCCAGUCGGGAGUGCCUGCCUUCGCAGCAGUCUCCCAGCGACAAUCUCCAAAAUGGAUUGGGUCUUGGAUCAGACGAAGCUCAUGCUAUGAAGUGCCCAAGGUCCUUCGGAUGUCGAGCUUUGAAGGUGCAACUCAGCAAUGUUGAUAGACACAGUCGUUCAGAAGGUUCGAACUCAGGCCGAAGUUGGAGUGUCACGGCUUCCACGCGCGGUGAUUCCGCGCCCGCGGAGAGAUCAGGUGUUUCAAGCUGCCUGGC